GUUUUGACUUGCAAAUGUGCGCUUAGAACUUUAUCGUGCACUGAAGUGUUUUAUAAUGCUCCUGUAUCACUAAAUGUGUAUUUGCUUCUUUUGUGAGUGCACUUGAGAUAUCAUGUCCUCCAGACCGCGUCCCGUGACAGCGACAGUAACGAAGCCACGGUGGAUGGAUAUAGCAGAUGCUGAUGCCAUAGCGUAUGCACAUCGCCAUUCACUCGAUUCAUCGGGGUCUACAGAGUCGCUGACAUCCAUUCUCGGCCACAGCAGCUACGAGAGCAUUCCAAGUGAGGAGGAGGAAGAGCGAAUAAGACAUGAGGCGUAUUUUGAACGGAAUGCACGUCUAGAGAAAGAAUUUCGAGAGCUGAACAAGAAGGUGGAGCAGAUAGUGAUUACUGAUCGUAAAACUGCAAGCGACCCCAAGCUGUCCUCCUGGGAAAUGUGGAUCAUUAACAAAACAAAGGAAGACAGGUAUAUCAAGAAACUUAACCAGCAAAAGGAACGAGAAGAAAGGCUGAAAAAAGAAGACGAAGAGAGAGAGAAGCAGAAGAAAUUAAAAGAAGUUGAAAAGAAGAUACAGAAGUGGAUUGAGAAGAAAAAUGGAGAAAUGAAGAGGCAGAAAAGACUGCAAAGGGAGGAAGCACUGAAGAAAGAGAUGGAUAAAAAAAGGCAAGAGCAGCAGACUGUUGAAAAGGCUCAGGAAAAGAUUCAGAAAUGGAUGGAGAAGAAACAAAGGGAUGAGUGUUUAAGGAAGAAAGCAGAAAAACUCAGACAGCGGGAGGAGAAAAAGAAAAAGGCACAGAAAAAGAAGGAAGCUGAAGAAGAAUACGAGAAGUGGAAGAAGAUGGCCAAGAAGAGACCAAAAUCAGCACCCAGCAGUGUCGGCUUCAUAGGAGGCAAGCUCACCCAAUACCAUGACACCGGGGCUUAUCCAACUCCUAGUUACUGCAACCCAAUACCAUGGCAACCAAUCCAUAUACCCACCGAGAAGAAGACAGAUAAGCCGAAACGACCAAAGCCAAAGAAAUAUGUGUGGAAUCCAAACAAAUAUUACUGAAUUACUAUUUUAAUUUAUUUUCCUGUAUUACAUACAUGUAUCAAGCUGUGAUAGGUAUACCGGUAGGUACAGUGCAGUGUCUAGUAGUAGCAUUUACCUAAGUUAAGACGUGGUGACACAAAUUUUAUUUGUUGGUUUGUGGAUGAACUAAUGUGCCAUUUUCAUAUGUAGAAUAAAAACAAAAAAGUUUAUAAUAAAAAUAUAGAUUAAAUUCUAGUGAACAAAAUUAUAUAGUAUCAUUUGGUCGUAACAAAAGAAAGUAAAAAGAUGAGUUUGUUAUUGGUUUUUAAUUAAACAGUAAUACAAAUAAUUGGAGUAUGUAAUAUACAGGCAAAAUAUGUUAUUUAUGGUGGGAAAUAUUUGUUAUGACAUCAACCUGGGGAUGACGUCACUAACUUUUA